AUGGGUCUAAAGUGUGCCCGAAAAACCAUCAUUAUUGAGGCGGAUCCAGAGUUACAAGACGGUAUAAAGCGCAGAUUGACGGAGGAGGCGAAAAUCCUCCACUAUGCUCAGCACCGACAUGUCGUCCGACUAGUACAUUCGUACUUUGAGGAAGAUGAGGAGAAAAUCAAGUUCGCACUCAUCAUGGAUCGUGCAGAGGAAAACCUACAUCAGUACCUCAAACCGGGAAAGACUCCCAGCAAUCAGUGGUUUGGCUGCUUGAUUAGCGUUGUGCAUCAUAUUCAUUCCCUGGGUAUUCGGCAUCGGGAUAUCAAGCCUUCGAAUAUCUUGAUAAAGGAUGGGAAAGUCCUCUUAGCCGACUUUGGAAUUUCACAAAUGGGUCUUGGGAAAACGAUGCCGACUACGAACUUGAAUCGUAAUAGCGAGAGGACACGAGAAUACUGUGCUCCCGAAGUCGACAAUGGCAGAACGCGCGGCCGAUCUGCAGAUAUUUUUUCACUAGGGGCGGUGUUCCUUGAGAUGCUCAUUGCGCAUGCCUAUCAUGUCUAUCCCGAUGGACAUAAAGAACUUGCCAAGAUGUUAAAACCAUCGCCUCAAGAUCCUUCAUCAUACGCGAAACAUGCCGACGACCUUCGCAAGUGGAUAAAGGGAAAGUUUAACCUUAUCGGAUGGCAGGACAUCAUUCUCUCCAUAUGUUAUGAUAUGCUGAAUCCUGACCGAUCUCUUCGCCCUUUAGCCGAAGAGCUGGACUCAGUUUGGUCAGCAUUAUCUGCUACAAGCAAGCCAAGGGCUUGCAGUUGCGUUGGAGAAACUCCUUUUGUGGAACAGAGCAAGUUGAUAGAGGCGUGCAAAUGGGGUUCUAUGGAUGAUGUCAGUCGCCUUCUUGAUGAGGGUGCGGACCCAAACACCCUCGGUGCGAUCCAUCACGCUGCUGCGCGUGGGUCUAAGGCUAUUGUACAGAUGCUGUUGAAAAGAAAGACCGAAAUCGACAGUAGGAACCCUGUUGGACAGACAGCACUUCACUGUGCAUCUCGGAACGGAUUUGAUGAUGUAGUUGAACUCUUGUUGCAGAGCCGUGCAAAUGUCAAUACUGGAGACGAAAAUAGUCAGACUGCACUUCAUGGUGCUGCAGCGCAAGGUUACGGGAAUAUCGUCAGAAUGCUGCUAGAGGCUGGUGCAGAUGUGGAUUUGGAGGACCUGGAUGGAAACACGGCAUUCCACUUUGCAUAUAGAAGGCAUCAUUCAGACAUAUUAUCCCUGCUGGACGAUUACACCUCGAAGGCAAAAUGA